AUGCCUUCGCCUUCCACUGACGAGGAAACAAGAAUACAAGCCCCCCUGACGGUAGAAAUUAACAAGCAAGACAACGAACACCUGCAGAUUAUCCUGUGGGACAUCAUCAGAAACUGCCCAAAAGGCCGUGAAAUCGCUUCGAAAUGGCUGUUCUUGGACAAGAAAGAUGUGAAAUCCAAGCCGGCUGUCCCAGCCUCUGCAACUGCCUCUACUCCCGCUCUGCCCGGUGAGGAAGAGUCCACCUCGACCAGUUCCUCAAAGAAACCCGUUCUCCAAAAUUGCAUCUACUGCCUAGAGGAGUUUGAUCCAGCUCAAAACUCACACACAAGUUGUCAAUAUCAUGUCGAACCUGCUAUUCCCGACAAGGAGUAUUUCUUCGACGAGAUUUCCGAUGGAAUUAAUGUCGACACUGAUCAAUUUCGUGCAACUCGCUCGGAAGGAUUUUUCUAUCCUUGCUGUGGAAUGGAGUUAGUCGAGGGUUGGUGCUGUCAGGUUGAUUGGCACAAGGCUGCGGACCCGAAUGAUCGUCCGCUGAUGGUCGUGAUGAUUCGUGAUCCCAAGUAA